UCGCUCACCUUAGCUCGAGGUUGAAUAAACUAAGUAAAUAAUACUGCAUGGUGGCGCACGUUUUGCACACUGCGUGCAAAACUGCGAAUUGCGGGAAAACGUGCAUAUAAACGCAUGCCCGUGUUUUUUGUCAUACGCGAGUUUCCCUAGUCGUCCAUCAUCAUGAAGUACAUCUUAGUAUCCGGGGGUGUCAUCAGUGGUAUCGGGAAGGGAGUCAUCGCGUCCAGUAUCGGCAUGCUCCUGAAGGCAUGCGGCCUGAGAGUCACCUCCAUCAAGAUUGAUCCUUACCUUAACAUCGACGCCGGAACAUUUUCUCCUUAUGAACAUGGGGAAGUCUAUGUUCUCGACGACGGGGGCGAGGUGGAUUUGGAUCUGGGCAACUACGAGCGUUUCUUGGACAUCACACUGCAUCGGGACAACAACAUCACGACGGGAAAGAUCUACCAGAGCGUCAUCAACAAAGAGAGAAAGGGAGACUACCUGGGCAAGACGGUACAAGUGGUGCCACACAUCACCAACGCCAUUCAAGAGUGGGUGGAGAGGGUGGCAGUCAUCCCAGUGGAUGGAGACGAGGAGGCACCUGAAGUCUGCAUCAUUGAGCUUGGUGGAACCAUUGGUGACAUUGAGGGCAUGCCGUUCGUCGAGGCCUUUCGCCAGUUCCAGUUCCGUGUCAACCGAGAGAACUUCUGCUGCGUGCAUGUUAGUCUGGUGCCCCAGCCCAAAUCCACAGGGGAGCAGAAGACCAAACCCACACAAGCCAGCAUCAGGGAGCUGCGCGGGCUGGGUCUGUCCCCAGACCUUAUUGUCGCCAGAAGUCACAACCCCGUCGUAGAAAGCGUGAAAGAGAAAAUCUCCAUGUUCUGCCACGUGACAGCCCAGCAGGUCAUCUGUGUGCACGACUGUACGUCCGUCUACCGCGUACCCCUACUGCUGUAUGAUCAGAACCUGGUGCAGUAUUUUCAGACCAGACUUCAUCUGGACUUCCGAACGCGUCCCAAACUCAGGCUGAACAAGUGGAGGGAGCUGGCACACAGAUAUGACCACACCACCAAAGAGAUCACAAUCGCACUGGUUGGCAAAUAUACCAAGUUGGAAGAUGCCUACAUCUCGGUCAUGAAGUCACUCUUGCAUGCCGGCCUGACUUGCCAAUGCAAGGUCAAGAUCAAGUUCAUUGAAGCAGAUGAUCUUGAGCAGACCACACUGGAGCAGGAGCCAGUAAAGUUCCACGAGGCUUGGCAACAGCUCUGCAGCAGCAAUGGGGUCCUGGUACCUGGCGGAUUCGGGGUACGAGGGACGGACGGAAAGGUAGCCGCGGCGAAGUGGGCCAGAGAAAACAAGAAGCCGUACCUCGGUGUGUGCCUGGGGUUGCAAGUCGCCGUGAUUGAAUUUGCCCGUAACGUUCUCGGCUGGAAAGAUGCCCACUCUGAAGAAUUUGAUCCCAACACUACACAUCCAGUGAUCAUUGAGAUGCCUGAACACAACACAGGCCAGAUGGGAGGAACCAUGCGUCUCGGCAAGAGAACGACCGUCUUCAAGACAGAGAACUCCAUUCUCAGAACUCUUUAUGGAAGAGGUGAGCAGAUUGAAGAACGUCAUCGCCAUAGAUACGAGGUAAAUCCUAAAAACAUUGAGGACUUUGAAAGCCACGGUAUGAAAUUUGUCGGCCGCAGUGUGGACGGAGAAAGAAUGGAGAUCCUGGAACUACAAGAUCACCCCUACUUCGUGGCCGUCCAGUACCACCCUGAGUACAUCUCCCGCCCCAUGAAGCCUUCUCCUCCUUACCUGGGCCUGGUCCUUGCCUCCAUCAACCGCCUCAAAUCCUACAUCGCCCGUGGGUGCCGCCUGUCGCCCCGUAACUCCUUCGAGGAGGCGGAGUCCUCCGAUACGGAGGAAGAAAUGGCAGCUUUGCUGAACAAGUCCGCCUCUCAAAACUCGUUCUCCAGUCUGGAGGCCAGUCCCCAGUUAUCCUAAGGUCAAAGGUCAGUUGCAGAAGAUGUUCAACUUCAAAUACCACCCCCCCCCCC